UUUCAGAUUAUUUAUUUAUAUCAGAACAGUGUAUAAAUGUAAAAUUUUCCUUCGCACAAUGUUAUCUCUGCAACAAUAUGCUAGAAGUUUAGUGCAGGCACGUGUGUCUCCUUAGCAGAAUGGAAUUACUAAUGAGAUUGAAGUAGCAUUUUCUUCAUUCUAAUGAACACGAACCUAUGAAUGGUUGUUAUUGAGAACUUGAACCUUACAUUAAUGGAAGUUGCAUGUUGCAUGUUGCAUGCUUUGGUGUGAUUGAAGUGAAAAAGUUCUCAAGUGUUUAGAGAGAAAGAUGCAUGAGAAAUGGCACCAAAUCAUUUCUCAAACUUUGAAGGAACAUACAAAAAUCUUCGCCUCCCUGCUGCCAUAAUUGCUGGUUGUUCUGUGCUUGGAGCUCUAGUGCUGUCUUUCCUUCUCAUUCUGCAACAUCUUCAAUCAUACAACAACCCUGCAGAGCAGAAGUGGAUUGUUGGUGUUAUUUCAAUGGUCCCUAUCUAUGCUACUGAGUCUAUUAUUUCUUUGUGGAAUCCAAGAUUAUCUCUAGCAUGUGACAUUUUAAGAAACUGCUACGAAGCCUUUGCCUUGUAUUCUUUUGGCAGAUACCUGAUUGCUGCUCUUGGUGGUGAAGGAAAGGUUGUAGAAUUACUUGAAGAUGAAUAUGCAGAGCACCUUGGUAAAUCCUUGUUAGAUGGCCUAGAUGAGAAUCAUGACAUGGAUGAUAGAUCAUUUUGCAACUUCUUUUGGCAUCCAGGCAAGAUAGGAAAAGAUCUUCUCACAAUAGAAAAAUUUGGUCUUGUUCAAUAUAUGAUUCUGAAGACUGUUUGUGCAUUGUUAGCAUUUAUAUUGGAACAGUUUGGUGUUUAUGGUGAUGGGGAAUUCAAGUGGUACUACGGGUAUCCAUACAUAGCAGUAGUAAUGAACUUCAGCCAGAUGUGGGCAUUAUAUUGCCUUGUUCAGUUCUAUAAUGUGACUCAUGAGAGACUUCAACCAAUACAGCCACUUGCAAAGUUCAUCAGCUUCAAGGCUAUUGUGUUUGCUACUUGGUGGCAAGGUGUAGGUAUUGCGGUACUGUGUACAUUUGGGGUGCUACCGAAUGAGGGGAAAUUCCAAACUGGUUUGCAAGAUUUCUUAAUUUGCAUAGAGAUGGCCGUUGCAGCUGUUGCUCAUGUGUUUGUAUUUUCUGCAAAACCAUAUCAUUUUCUUCCUUCUGCUGCAUAUGGAAAAGUCAGAAAAGAAACAAAAGAGGCAGCCUUGGAGAUAGAUGAGGAGAACAGGCAGAAAGCAGCUUUGCUAAAAGAGACAUCGACUCGAGUUGAGUCUCCAAGAACAAGUGUGACGGAGAGCGUCCAGGAUAUUGUUGUUGAAGGUGGUCAGAGAGUUGUCGAGGAUGUUGUACUGGCAAUAAAUCAAGCAAUAGGGCCUGUGGAAAAGGGAGUGACGAGAAUUCAGCAAACCUUCCAUCACAGAGCGGUGGUUUCAUCUGAUGAGGAUGAGGAAAAAGAAUCAGAUAUACAAGUAGAGAGAGAUGUCACAGAAUCUUAGAGGUAAAGCAUAUAUCUGCACAACAUUCAAGGCAGCUGAAGCAUCCCAAUCCAACGCAGAGUUGAGUAAUUGCAUUUGCACAUUCGCUGUUUAUCCGGGUACAGGUAUGAAUGCAGGCCAUGCAACAGCAGGAAUUGUUGCAGCAGGAGCUACAACAAUUCGUUGCCCGUUUAACAAAGAUUUCAGCCGCAUCAGGCCCUUUUGGUUCAUGUCGUCCCGGCUGAAUGUUUUCAGCAGUUGCAGCCAAGUUCCCAAAUCCUAUACCUAAGUGAGGGAGCAAAAAUAUUCGGUUCCCUUGUUCUUUUGCACCAGCCUUCUUAUGAUGGCUCUUUUUUGACACCUUUUUGCCAUAAUUUAGAAGAACGGUCAGAAAGGAAAGUAAUAUUUUAUUUAUUGAAAAAGAAAAACCAACAACGACUAUGUAUAAAAUUGAAAUAAAGAGUUCUAUUAAAACAUGAAAACCAACAGAGUAAACUCUAGUUUUCUAUGUCAUGUUACCAUAAAUCUAAUACAAAAAGGAAUACAUUUGAAAG